AUGAAUGGAUGGGUAUGAAGUUUAACUGAGAAUUUAAAUCCAACCCUUUGAUAUUAAGAAUACUGCAGAAAAUUCUCCAACCCUAAACCGACCGUGUAGACUGUAGACCGGCAAAACCUCGCCGACAAAUCAACUGCAAUUUCGCUCUAUUUCUCUAUCUCUCUCCAGGAGGUCAAACCCGGGGAUAUCUGCGGCAGAAGGAAAUGGAGGGCGAAGAUGCGAACCAGCAGCAGCAGCAGCAACAACAACAACAACAACAGUGGAUGGCGGCGAUGCAGCAGCAAUAUCAGUAUCAGCAGCAGCAGUAUCAGCAACAGCAGCAAUGGAUGUCGAUGCAGUAUCCCGCAGCCGCAAUGGCGAUGCAGUACGGGCAGCAAUACGCGUCGUACUACCAGCAGCCACAGCAGCACUAUCAACAGCCCCAGCAGCAGCAGCAGCAGAAGCAGUCUUCGCAAAAUCACACCUCCGGCGAAGAUAACCGCACGAUCUGGGUUGGAGACCUCCAGCCGUGGAUGGACGAAGCUUAUCUUAAUUCGUGCUUUGCUCAAUCGGGAGAAGUUAUUAGAAACAAGCAAACUGGAAAUCCUGAGGGAUAUGGAUUUGUUGAGUUCAAUAGCCACACUGCAGCUGAGAAUGUCUUGCGGUGCUACAAUGGCACCAUGAUGCCGAAUGUUCAACAACCCUUUCACUUAAAUUGGGCAGGAUUGGGAACUGGGGAGAAGAGGGCUGCAGAUCCUGCAGGCUCUGAUCUAUCGAUAUUUGUUGGGGAUUUAGGCCAUGAUGUCACGGAUUCCCUGUUGUGUGAAACUUUUUCUAGUAGAUAUUCCUCUGUUAAAAGUGCGAAGGUAGUAUUUGAUACGAGUACUGGGCGUUCAAAAGGAUACGGCUUUGUUAGGUUCGGUGAUGAGAAUGAGAGGUCGCGCGCCAUGACUGAAAUGAAUGGUGCGUAUUGCUGUAACAGACCUAUGAGAAUUGGGGUAGCAACCCCCAAGAAACCUUCUACACCACAACAAUUUUCUUCACAAGCUGUGGUUUUGGCUGGUGGAUAUGCUUCAAAUGGUGCUAUAGCCCAAGCUAACCAGUCUGAUAAUGAUUUAUCCAACACAACAAUAUUUGUUGGAGGAAUUGAUUCUGAUGUUACCGAAGAAGACCUACACCGGGCAUUUUGCCCGAUUGGUAAUAUUACCUCAGUCAAAAUACCUGUUGGGAAGCGAUGUGGUUUUGUACAAUUUGAAAGCAGGAGCUCUGCGGAAAAUGCAAUACAGAAACUAAAUGGAUCAGUCAUUGGCAAUUACACAGUUCGUCUUUCCUGGGGUCGAACUCCUGCAAACAAGCAGCAGGCAAGAGCUGAAGCUGAUGGUCAAUGGAGUGGGGAUUAUUCCGGAAGGCAAAGUUAUGCUGGAUAUGGACACACUAUGCCAAACAAUCAUGAUCAGACUAUGUAUGCUGCCAGGGGAUAUGGAGGAGGAUCUGCAAAUGGGUACGGCAAUCACCACCAGCCCUUGAACUGAACAUUACUAACCGGUACUAUGGACUACUAUCUCAGCAAAAACAUCAACUUAAAGACAUUGUUUUUCCAUUCUUCACUUCCAGUUGAGAUUUUUGAGAGUUUGCCAUAUCAUAUAUAGAGUAUCUUCUAACUGGAUUUAUUUGCAUUAACCCUGCUAGCAUGGUUCUGCUUACUUUAAAUGUACACUUCUUUGACAUUUGGUUCUUUAUGCAACACGUGGUGUGGUAAACUGAUAAUCUCUAGUGUCCUGGCAUUAUUAUUUCUAUAGCGGAAACUUAUCUAGAAUUAAUUACUCCUAAAUGA